AUGGCUUCACAUUUCAACAAUAAUGAUGAAGGAGAUCUUGACAUACAGAAGGUGAAUAAUGAGUUGCAGCGUUUAGAGAGAGAAAAACAAGACGCCAAGGAUGAAUUACGAGCGGUCGAAGCACGUAUCGAAGAACUUAAGCAAGCAUCGAAAGAUCAUGAAGCAGAAAUUCGUCGAUUGGAUGAACAAAUCAAGCAACUCAAUAAUGAACUAGAAAGACUUGAACAAGAACUCGAAGAUUUACGAGAUGAACAAACUCGUUUAGAACAACAACGUCGUCAACAACAAUUGGAACACGAUCGUCUUCAAGACAAGCUUUAUCAAGAAACAGAACGUCUUCGAAAACUUCAAGAACAACUCAAGAAACUCGAAGAUCAGAAAUAUGAAUUAGAAGAACAACGUACACAACUCGAACAACGUCGACAACAACUUGAGCAAGAGAUACAUCGAAUAGAAGCACAAAUUGCACAACUUGAACAACAACUACAGGAGUUACAGAAUCGUCUUGAACAAUUAACUCAAGAAAUACGAUUACUCGAAGCAGAAAUAGAUCGUCUCGAAGAUGAAAUCAAAGAAUUACAAAACCGAAUUGAAGCACUUGAACGACAAAAAGAACAGAUUCAACAACGUCUUCGUGAAAAUGAGAUGAAACUUGAUGCAAACGAAGCUGAACAAAAACAAAUCGAAGAUAUGAAACAACGAAUAGCUCAUUUGAUCAAUUUAAAGAAGAAUCAUAUUGCAGAGUUACAAAAGGAACAAGCAAAAUUGGAAGCAGAAAAACGUGAAGCACAACAAAACAUAAAUCGUGCUAAAGCAGAAUUGCAGGCGGCUCAAAAUCGAAUGAAUCAAUUUCAAACUGUAGUUAAUCGACUUCGACAAGAGUUGGCUGCACUUUCACAAGAGAUACUGAAGACAGGUAGAGAAAUUCAACAGCUGGAUGGAGAGAAGAAUAAAUUACAAGGUCAACUGCAGACGCAGACGAAAGAACGUGCUGAUGUAGAUAAAAAGAGACAGGAUACAAAUGCCAAACUCGAUGGAAAAAAAAGCGAAUUACAAAAGGCCGAACAACAAAGGGAUAAACUUCAACAAAAUAUGACUCGUCUAGAAAAUGAACUCAAAACUUUAAGUGAAAAUCUUCGCUCUCUGAGCGAUCAACGUGAUGAGUGUGCCAAACAACUGGAACGUGAGCGCGAGAAACAAAACAAACUUGAACAAGAAUUGAAAACAGAAGAAAACAAACAACAACAAGCGGAACAAGCUCAUCAAAAGCAAGAACAACAGGUGAGAAACGAUGAAGCAGCCUUACGAUCAGCAGAGAGUAAAGAAACAGCAGCGCGUACGGCUGAACAACAAGCGCAAGUUGAAUUAACAACAGCACAAAGCAAUUUGGCAACUGCUCAAGCAGAGCUUGCUAGUGCAACAGCAGCAGUCGCUGCUGCUGCAGCCGUUCCAGGAGCUUCUGCUGCGGCAGCAACCAGAGUGACAGCAGCUCAAGCAAAAGUUGCUGCUUGCCAAGCACAAAUGGUACAGCGCACAGCUUAUCAUAAACUGAAAGUGGGUGAACAUACAGCAGCUCGUGCACAUACCACAAAAUGCCGAGCCACUCUACAACAAGCUCGUGCAACACUUCAGCAACGAAAAAGUGAACUCGAAACUCAGAAACAACGAGUCAAUGCCAAAAAAGGAGAACAUGAGAAACAGAAGGCAGUAGUGACAACGAUCAAAGAGAAACUCGAAAAAUUGAAACAAGAUUGCUCGAAAGCAGAACAGAAGGUCAAAGAGAAAGAGACAGCAGUUAAAAAUGAAAAGUCUCAACUUGAAAAACAGAAGAAAACAUGCGAAACAUUGAAGACUGAGGUCAAUCAACUUGAUACAGCAGUCAAGAACUUAGCUCAACGUGUUCAAAAUCUCGAUCAACAAAUCAAAAACUCGCAAGAUGCAUUGACACAAAAUGAGAAUCAACUAAAAGGCAAGCAGUCUCAGCUCAAUCAGCAAAAAAGUCAAGAAACAGCAAAAACGCGCGAACGUGAUGCAAAUAUAGCUGAAGUGAACAAAGAAGCAGCAUUGGCACGAGAAAAACAAAAGGAAGUCAUGCGUAUCGAUAAUCACUUACAAAAUGUGCAAGCAAAUCUUGAUAUGUUGAACAAGUCAGUACCUGAACUUGAGAAAGACUUAGCCGAGCAGGAUCAAAAGUUGAAAGAAGCACAAAAAGCAAUGCAAAAACUGGAAGCCGAACAUUCGAAACUUGAGUCUCACUUAAGCGAACUUGAUCGUGAGAAACAACAGGCGGAACGAGAAAUCAAAACACUAACACGUGAUAUUGAAAGGCAACGUGUGACCUUGAGUGAAAAGCAACUUGCAAAAGGCUCUCUUCAAGCAGAAGUAAACAGGAAAAAAUCAGAUUUAGCAGCGAAACAAUCGCAAAAACUAGAGCGUGAAGUUCAAUUACAUGCUGUUGAAGAUCAACAGCUAGCUAAUAGACAAGCAAUCAAAAAUGUCGAAAACCAAAUGAAUGACACGGAACGACAGAUACAACGACAGGCAACUUUACAACAGGAAACAAAGCGUCUUUGUGAUCAAGCUGAAGCACAACUGCGUAAUACAGAACGUGAUCUUGAUCGACUUACUCGACAACUGAAUGAAAAACAAAAUAUCUAUGACAAAAGAAAAAGAGUUGCAGACAAUUUGAAUACCCAAGCAGAGAAUCGACGAACAUCACAAGUAGCUGUUGAUCAAGAACUGUCGCAACUAUCAUCUACACUUCAGUCUCGCCGAGCAAAAAUAGCUCGAACACAACGUAAUAUAUAUCAAGCGAACCAGUAUAUUGAAGCACACCAAACGAAACAAACACAUCAGACAAAUAAGGUUACUAAUAGUCAUGGACGAUUUGAACAGUAUGACACGGAAGAGGAUGUAGACUAUGUGACCAACACCCAAAACCUCUACUCUUAAGUAAAUGAUGUGAGAAAGAUGUCUUGUUUUUAUUAGAUGUGUUAUUAGCUUUUACUGGUACAGUACUUCCGAUCGUUUUUUAUACCAGAAAUAAAAAUGUGUCUUAUUCACAGGAAAACACAUUAGGUAUGUCAUAAAAAAGUCAUUUCGUGAUUUCUAACAAUAUAAGGAAACAACAAUGUUGAGAUUUCCAUGAAAGAAAAGUGUUGAAAGAUUCAAAAAUUUCAAACUUACUCUAAUAUCAAUAUUCUCAAGACCUAUAACCUUGUGGGUGAGCGCUCUAGUAUGCUUGCUUAAUGUAGAGCUGAACGUUAUAUAUCCAGCGAUAAUAGAAAAUAAUGUAAUUUCAAUCAGGAUGUGGACGUGGGGUGUGUGAGUGUGGGUAUACAGUAGACCUCCUUCCCUACAUUCACACUCAGCUUACUCUAGACAAACCACUUACGACUGCUUGUCUCAGGUCAUUUCUGCGUUAGCAAACUGACUACAUAGUAACAUAGAUCAGUUCCUAUGACUAUUACAUGAGCAGUCACUGUAUACGUAGAGCUCAAGCACUGAGCAAAGAUAACUCUGACCCAAGUCGACUAUACCACAAGAUACUCGAAAGACAGGAGAUUCCUCUUUGGUUCUUCAAACAUCGAAGCGAGACUUCACUGCCAUACACUUAUUAAUAGACAUUAUAUGGACGAACGAGAAAAGAUGUUUCAUAGUCAAGGAACAUUGCUGUGCGGCAUUCAUUACAAGAGCACGAAUAAUGACGACAAAGACGUGACUGCAAGUUGUCAUAUUCACCGCGACUAUUUACAAAUACAAAACAAGAAAAGUGAUUACAGGACCAAGAAAUAUUGAAAGAAAUUCACUAACGAAUUGAGAUACUAUUUCAAAGUCGUUUGUGAAUAGAAAAUAAAGCUGAUAUCUAGAUCUACCUUAGCCACUAAACAGCUUUGUUUACGUUUCAAGUCCAUCGUUACUGCUAUAGUAAACACUGUUGUUUGGCAUAUUUCACUGGCUCACAAAAGCAACAGACAGAGUUGUUGUGCAUCGAUGAUUUUGUGAAACAUGAUUGGAAACGAAUGUUGAAGUAUGGAGCAAGAAAACUGUACCCCCCCCCCCCCUUUCUCCAUUCACCCAACAGAUCAUGACAGCUAGAUGGACAACAAUGAAUUUUUGAACUCAAAAUUUUAUUUUCUGAAAUAAGUGUUUAAUAAACAAAAAAAAAUAAACGAUUACUUGAAAAUUUAUUCUCUAAAUUGAGGAGUCAAGGGCCGGUAGGACGUUAAAGCAUUCACUUUGUGUGUCUGAAACAUGUUUUUUUAAAUCACUACCUAUCUGAUUCUGAACUACUGAUUUUUUUCGACUUUCGAGGCUCUCAUGGUUUUUUUUGUUUUUGCUCCUUUUUUCUAUUUUUUGAUUUGGGAGUUUUAGGUUCUGCAUUUAUUGGUAUUGCUUUUUAAUUUGAAUUUUUUUAUGGCUGUACUUGUAAAAUUUUCUUGAGUUUUAAUUAGUUGAGUCUUGUGAAACACGAUCGUUAAUGAAUCUUGAAGACUAGAAAAAAGAGUGAAUCUCCUCACAAUACUGCACGGGUCGUGACAAAUUUUGAAUUGUUAUCUUGGAUUUUUGGACUACAGAAUUUUUAUAAUUCGUUUUUGAACUUUAAUUAAAGUUUGAUUUUUUAGAUUGAAUUAAUUGAAUUUUAAAUAAUUUUUCCGAAUUUUUGACAGUUGUCUGAUUUUUCGAAUUUUGCAUUAAUUGUGCUCGGUUGACUAUGUCCCAAUUGUUGAUCAAUAUAAAUAGGGUCUUUAAAUUUAAAAGAUUAAUUUGAAUACGAACGUAUUUCUGUGUUUGAACUAUUGUUUCGGCUUGCAUUCGAAAUUAAUGACUCAUGUAUAAAUAUUUUAUAAAUCUCCAUCGAUCAUCAUAACUUGAGUUUAAACUCGAAUUUUUAUCGAUUUUGUAAGUUCAAUCGAUUAAUAACUAGUGAAAAUUUGCUUCUCUCUAUUCUAUUAAUAUAAUUAUAUGAAACGCUAUAAAAUGUCAAAAAACCAAGAGCAAUCACAAAACGACAGCUUAGUAAAGCUAUGACCUUAAGUAGUAUCUAUUUCAAAAUAGCUAGAGUAUUAGUGAGUACAACACAACAGCGCACGGUUUCAUAUAAGAAAGCUAGACUGAACUGGAAUCACCAGAAUUGAAAUGUUGUUGAUAUAUCUAAACAUUGCACAUAUGUCAUGUGCUCAUGAACCCAUGACUAAAUCUGACUGGAUCAAUGAUUCAAAAAUUGAUAUCAAUCACUAUAUGAUGUUUAAUUUCAUUCGGAAUAGUGA